AUGCCUGCGCCGACUUACAUUAUAUCAAAAGUGGCUGAUCCCAUCUUUGCGGUCGUCAUUGGUUUGGCGGCGGCCGGCCUACGCAUCAACCGAGAGGAAGAGGCCAAGGGCUACAGCACGAGCCAAACGAUUCAAACAGGACUCCGCCGACUCGGUCUUAAAUCGGCGCCGGCCUCAUCAAAAGCGUCAUAA